CUUCUUCAUCCGCAAAACCCUAGAAAUGUUCCACAAUCCACCUUAAAACCCUCGACUUCAGAUCUCUCCAACACCAUGGCUCCCAUCAAAUCUGCUUCCCGAUACGAUUCCUUCGACGCACGAUCAUCGGCUUCCUCGCAGUUCUCCGAUCCAUCAUCGUCGGUGGAGCUCAACAAGAACCAACGUUUCGUGGCUCCCUCGAAAUCGCAUCCUACGGAGAGCUCAUCUCGCGCUCUCGCUUUCGCCCGAACCAAAUCGUCUGAUCUCGCGCCGGCUAAGGUGAAGAAUGACCAGAAUUUGAGUGCUAUGGUGAAGAAAUUUAUGGAGAAGAGGUCGUCGAAGCCCAAGGCGGCGUCAACGAAUCGGAAUGGUCUUUUUGUGCCGGCGGAUUUUAUAGCGGAGGAUUUGAAGAAGACGGCGAGGAAGGGAACGAGCUUUUCGGGGUUGCAUCGGAAGUUGUUUAGUAAGGGAUCGGGGUCGUCGGGAUCGUCGGGGUCGUCGCGUGGUGAGAAGAGCGAAGUGAAGGCGCUAACGGAGGUGAAGGCGAAUACGAGGACGUUGGCUAUGGUGCUGAGGAGUGAGAGGGAGCUUCUGAGCCAGAAUAAGGAGCAGGAGAUGGAAAUUACAGAGCUUAAAUUGGUGAUAGAGGAGAAGAAUCGUGAGGUUGAAAAGUUGAAGGAUUUAUGCCUGAAGCAAAGGGAAGAGAUAAAGUCAUUGAAGAGUGCCAUUUUGUUCCCAGAUGUUAUGAAUUCUCAUCUUCAGGAUCUAUUAGACAAGCAGGGAUCAGAGCUCAAACAGGCGAAACAACUCAUUCCAACCCUCCAGAAGCAGGUCACUUCUCUUACUGGCCAGCUCCAGUGCCUUGCAGAGGAUCUUGCGGAGGUAAAGGCGGAUAAGUAUUCAGUAAGGGCAUGUUUCCAAGGUCAUUGCGGCUCACCUAGGACACCAACAUAUGAUCAGGAUGAGGCUGCUAAUUCUUUGGAUUUCAGCUCUGAGGACCCUGCCACCCCUAGGAGCCCGGAUGAUAUGUUCCUUAAGGAUUUGAAUCCCUGUUUAACACCCUACUAUGCCAAGACAAAAUCCAAGGAAUUUGAGGUGGACUAUGAUUCUCCACCCCAUGAAAGGUUGUAUGAAAACAAUCUACAAUUCAACUCUCGUGUGAGGAAGAUGUCAAGAAGUUCGGAGUGCAGCCAGAAUUCAAAUGUAGCAAGCACAGCCAUCCGAGCAGCUCGUAGAUCAGAUGAGAGCAAACACACAUAUGGAAAGCCAAUGCACCAUAAGCUUUACUAAAUCAUUUGCCAGCCAUUCAUUUUCUCUUUUAAGUAAAGCAUUUCUUGUCUCCUCUUCCUUCCUUUCUCUACUGUGAAGUAGAGUUUUGGUCAGCAUUCCGGAUGUUAUCAUAUGUUUUGAGAGGUGUAUUGUCCAAAUUGUUGUUUGUUUAUUUCAGCAGUAAAAACAGAUAAAUGCUGUUCAGUUUAGGCAUUUAUAAUGGCUAGUUGCUCGUUGUUCAUUGUACAUGGUGCAUUCAAGCUCUUGAAUAAAGGACAAGAAGCCACAAGUUGCAUACA